AUGCCCGACACCAAGUACCUAAGUAGGCAGAGUCCAAAUUCUUACUCGUAUGACGACCGGACAGGAUGGAGACGCUUUCGUGUCUUGAAUCCAUGCAGAGGCAUGUAUUACGAUGUCUGUCGGCGACUACCCUACUACUGGAGUGAUAUUCGAGAUGCGCUCACUUAUCGAACCAUUGCAAGUACCAUUCGCAUAUACUUCAUCAAUAUUCUCCCUGCCAUCGCCUACACAUUGGAUAUGUAUCGCCGGACCGGAGAGUUCUACGGUAUUAAUGAAGCGCUAUUUUCCUCGGCCCUCGCAGCUAUAGUGUUCAGCGUCCUAGGCGCACAACCACUUACUAUUGUCGGUAUCACUGGACUCAUAUCGCUGUUCAACUACACCAUAUAUGAUAUUGUAGUCAUAUACGAGCCUGCCAUAUACGCUAACUUCAUGUGCUGGACUGCUAUCUGGGCGGCGAUCUUUCAUUGGAUUGUUGCUGUGUGUAACCUCUGCGACUAUAUGCGCUAUGUGACUGACUUUUCAUCUGAGUCAUUUGGUGCAUAUGUUGGGAUUAUCUAUUGCAUAAAGGGCGUUGAAGAGCUCGUCAACGAGUUCACCGUCUACGGGCCAACCGCAGGCUUCAUGAGUUGCAUGAUUGCCAUUCUGUACUUCUUUACAAUAUACGGACUUGAGUUGCUAGGCUCAAGCACAAUCUGCCGACCAUGGUUUCGUGGAUUACUGGCUGAUUAUGCUUAUGUGAUUGGAACCAUCUUCUGGGUAGGAUUCGCACAUAUCCCCGGCAACCUCAAGGAGACCGGUAUUUCAUUCGUGCCCAUAACUCGAGCAUUUUAUCCGACACAACCACGUGGUUGGCUGGUUCACUUCUGGGAAUUGGAGACAAAAUGGGUCUUUGCAGCCCUACCUUUCGGAUUCUUGGUCAUGCUGCUCUUCUAUUAUGACCAUAACGUCAGCAGCCUCGGUGCUCAAGGCAGACAAUACCCCCUGAAAAAGCCAGCCGGGUUCCACUGGGACUUCUUUCUCCUCGGAUGCACCACCUUCAUCGCCGGAAUCACCGGCAUUCCAAUGCCCAACGGCCUCGUCCCACAGGCCCCCGUCCACACCACCUCUCUAACCGUCACCGAAACAACCCUCCACAUCAUCCCCACCUCGAACCCAGACGACCCCGAAUGCACCGAACUCCGCCACCCCAUCACUACCCCCACAGCCGUGAUCGAGCAACGCAUCUCCCACUUCCUCAUGGGCCUGGCCAUAAUCGGCACAAUGACCGGUCCCCUCCUGAUAGUCCUACACACCAUGCCCGCUGCCGUCUUCGCAGGUGUCUUCUUCAUAGUAGGAUGGGGAUCCAUUGAAUCGAACGGUAUCCUGCAUAAGAUUAUCUUUCUACUUCGGGAGGAUCGGUUCAUCCCGCGGAAUGAGAAAUUACUCCAAGUUCCGAAGCGGAAGAUUGUUCUUUACGUGAUGUGCCAGGUUGUGGGAGUCGCGGCAUGCGUGGCUAUCUCUCAAACUAUUGCGGCCAUAGGGUUCCCAAUUCUGAUUAUAGGUUUGAUUCCAUUCCGGGUGUGGGUUAUGCCGAGGUGGUUCGGGGCGGAGGAGUUGGGGUUUUUGGAUGGGUUGACGGCGGAUGGGGAGGCGGUUUUGUGUAGUUUGGGGGGUCCGCCUAGGUUUCCUGGGGAGGUGGGGAGGGGGUUUUAG